AUGUGUAUAUUCCUGUCUUCCUAUGGCUGCAAACGUAUGGAUUCCGCCAAGGAAAUUGGCCGCAAAGAGGUAGGUGUUGCCUGUCUGCAAGUCGGUGCUGGAUGAAGCUUAAUUAUUUUUUAAUAGCUCGUAAUGGGACUUUGUGAAAUUACGCAGAGGCGGAAUUAAAAACAACCAACACCGAGCAAAAGGUCCAGGGGUGGGUGUUUGGGUGGGAGGAAGGGGAAUUAUGGAAGGGAGGGAUCCUGGCAAGAUUUGCUCCAUGCAGAGGCAAUGGCAUUUAUUGGUUCUUCUUGCAGGAAAUGGGUUGCUCAACUCUGGCACGCACCAAGUAAAGCGGAAAUUGACAAAACAGCUGCAUCACAGGCCAACCUGGAGGUUUUGGCAGCUACCUUUGAUCAACUGGCCAGCCCUGAAGAAAUCUCCAAAGCAUUCAUUAAAAAGCUACAGCGCACCUUCAUUCUAAAAUAACGACAGCCUAAGAAGAGUCCGCAGGAUCAGGCCAGUAGUCCACCUGGUACAGCAGCCUGUUCUCACGAUGGCCAACCAGAUGCCCCUGUGGGAAACCAGGAAGCAAGAUUUGAGCAUAAGAGCAGCUCUCUCCUCUUCUGGAGUUUCCAGCAACUGGUUGUUGUUGUUGUUUAGUCGUUUAGUCGUGUCCGACUCCUCGUGACCCCCUGGACCAGAGCACGCCAGGCCCUCCUGUCUUCCACUGCCUCCCGCAGUUUGGUCAAACUCAUUCUGGUAGCUUCGAGAACAUUGUCCAAUCAUCUCAUCCUCUGUCAUCCCCUUCUCCUUGUGCCCUCCAUCUUUCCCAACAUCAGGGUCUUUUCCAGGGAGUCUUCUCUUCUCAUGAGGUAGCCAAAGUACUGGAGCCUCAGCUUCAGGAUCUGUCCUUCCAGUGAGCACUCAGGGCUGAUUUCCCUCAUAAUGGAUCGGUUGGAUCUUCUUGCAGUCCAUGGGACUCUCCAGAGUCUCCUCCAGCACCAGAAUUCAAAAGCAUCCAUUCUUCGGCGAUCAGCCUUCUUUAUGGUCCAGCUCUCACUUCCAUACAUCACUGCUGGGAAAACCAUAGCUUUAACUAUCUGGGCCUUUGUCGGCAAGGUGAUGUCUCUGCUUUUUAAGAUGCUGUCUAAUGCUGUCUCCAGCUGUGGAGGCAGAACAUAACCAUCCCUUAGUAAACUUGAGUAUCUGGAGGUCUUACAUCAAUGCCACUUUUAUUUACAUAGUUGGUGUAUAUGGGCCAUACCUUAUCUAAGUGAUGGCGCUUCGCUUGUCCUCUUAACAACCCUUCUGUGUUGCAUUGGGAUUGAGCUUUUUCUAAGCAUCCAAACUUUCCCUUUCCGUCCAGUCAGAGAUGGGGUUUCCAAAACCUGGGAGCCAGAGCGAAACACAUGCCAACAUUCUACACAUCUGGAUAGGCUUGCCCAAACAAACAAACAAACAAACAAACAUUUUUAUCAGGUGCUAAGAAAGUACAGCAAAAGUGCUUGCCAGAUGUCAAUAAACAGGCAGUUCCAAAGUGCGGGUGCUGUCACAUUAAAAGAUUGAUUUUUUUAAAAAACAAAUGCAUGUCUCCUGUAAUGGUGCCAGUUCCACAAAUUGAAGUGGUCAGGUGGGCUUCAAUCUUAUAGGGUAAGGUAACCAGAGAUAGAUUAGAUUACAUUAGAUGGAAAGAUAGAUAGAUAUAGAUAGAUAGAUGAUAGAUGAAUAGAUAGAUGAUAGAUAUAGAUAGAUAGAUCGAUAGAUAGAUAGAUAGAUAGAUAUAGAUAGAUAUAGAUAGAUAGAUGAUAGACAGAAGAUAGAGAGAUAGAUGAUAGAUCGAUAGAUUAGAUAGAUGAUAGAUAGAUAGAUAGAUAGAUAGAUAGAUAGAUAGAUAGAUGAUAGAUAGAUAGAUAGAUGAUAGAUAGAUGAUAGAGAGAUAGAGAUAGAGAUAGAGAUAGAGAUAGAGAUAGAGAUAGAGAUAGAGAUAGAUAGAUAGAUGAUAGAUAGAUAGAUAGAUAGAUAGAUAUAGAUAGAUGAUAGAUAGAUAGAUAGAUGAUAGAUAGAUAGAUAGAUGAUAGAUAGAUAGAUAGAUAGAUGAUAGAUGAUAGAUGAUAGAUGAUAGAUAGAUAGAUACAGAUAGAUGAUAGAUGAUAUAGAUAGAUAAAUGAUAGCUGGAUAGGUAGGUAGAGAGGUAGAUAGAAAUUUGUGAGACGUGAGGUUAUAGGGAACCAGGCAGAGGGCCUUCUCGGUAGUGACACCUGCCCUGUGGAACGCCCUCCCAUCAGAUGUCAAGGAAAUAAACAACUAUCUGACAUUUAGGGGACAUCUGAAGGCAGCCCUGUUGCCUAGGGAAGUUUUUGAUGUUUGAUGUUUUGUUUUGUUUUGAAUAUUCUGUUAGGAGCUGCCCAGAGUGGCUGGGGUGACAUACUAACAACAACAGCAACAACAACAACAACAACAACAACAACGACCAGUUGUGAUUGUAAUUUAUCUUUAACUAUUUUUAAUGUUGUAUUUUACAUUGUGACCUGGGUCUGAUUACAUGUGGUGAAAGGCAUUUAACGAUGAUGGUGGUGACGAUAAACACUUGUGUGAUUUCCUUUCCUAGCUGCCGAUGAACGUGUGAAUGGCAGCAGUUUCUGUUCUCAUUUCUGACACUGUUCUCAUCAUCUGACACCCCGAGUUACGGACAUCUGAUUUUAAAUUAAUUCAUUGGGGCGGAAGAGGUUUCCCCUUGUGGCUCAGGGAUCUGAACUUCUCAAACAGAUUGCGAUGAAUUGCUUGGUUGAGGACGUCUUGUGACUAACUCUCCUGGACGGAUGAUUUCUAUGCAAUGGCAAUGGGUUCGAGAGAUAAGUUUGGAUGUGACGUUGGUAGGUAGAUGGAUGGGUGGCAGGGCAGUCGGAUGGAUGGCUGCUAAGUCAAGGGGUAAGACCAACAAGUAGGUAAAGAGAAAUUAUUUCUCCAGAUAGUGCAUAUCUAAACUACCACAAAAGGUAGAAAGGGUCACUAACAUGGAUGGCUUCAAAGGAGAAUUAGACAAAUCCAUGGAGGAUAAUAAGCCUAUCAAGGGCUUCUCGACAUGAUGGUCAUUUCUUACCUCCACAACUGGGGGCAUUAUGCUUCUUCUGAACACCAGCUGUUAGGAAUCACAGGCGGGGAGAGGUGAUGUUGCACUCAGGUCCUGCUCAAGGGCUUCCCAUUAGGGCAUCUUGUUGACCCACUAAGAGAACAGGACUCUGGAUUAGGUGGACCUUUGACCAGAUCCAGCAGAGCUCUUCUUGGUGGGUUACUAUAAUAAAGAUAAAUGGAAAUUUUUACUUGAUCAUUUGAGUGUGUUGGUCUAGGACAGGCAUGGCCAGAUUUGGCCCUCCAGCUGUUUUGGGACUACAAUUCCCAUCAUCCCUGACCACCGGUCCUGUUAGCUAGGGAUGAUGGGAAUUGUAGUCUCAAAACAUCUGGAGGGCCAAGUUUGGCCAUGCCUGGUUUAGGGGAAGAGAAGUGACAAUGAUGCCCCAUGAACUAGACCUUUCCAAGUCUGUGGCUCCUACAGUGGGCAUGGCAGUGUUCACCUGGCAUUAUAGUCUUUGGUCAUGGUCAAUUUAGGAAGGACUCCAGAAUGGCAUUCCUGAACAUUGACUAAAAGCAAUGGGGAAGAUCCAUAGCUCAGUGGUAGGUCAUCUUAACAGUGUUUCCCAAACUUGGGUCUACAGCAGUUUUUGGUCAUCCCUGACCACUGGUCUUGCUAGCUAGGGAUGAUGGGAGUUGUAGUCCCAAAACAGCUGGAGACCCAAUUUCGGGAAACACUGCCUUAGAAUAAGAAGGACUGGGAUCUUACUGAGUCUUGGCAAAUGUCCAUAGCUCAGUGCUUGCUUCACCUGUAGAAGGUCCAAGCUUCAUACUCUGGCAUCUCCAGGUUGGGUUGGACAGGACAGCCUGUCUGAAACCUGGAGAGCCACUGACUGUUGUCGUAGAUGAUACUGAACUUGAUGGGCCAAGGGUUUGACUCAGUACUUGUCAACUUCCUAUCCUUCCAAGGACCAUAGUGUUAGAACAUCUGCUUUGCAUGCAGAAAGUCCCAGUUUCAGUCUCCGGCAUCCUCAGGUAGGGUUAGGAAUGUCUGGAGAGCUUCUGCCAGUCCAUUUGUAGACUGGGAGCUAGGAGGACCAAUGGCCUGACUCUGUCUGUUCCAACGUCUGUGCUGGAACACUGAAGUUUUGAAAGAAGUUCAUGCAAGGCCCCAAUUUCAAUUAAAAAACCAGUCUGUUGCAAGGAGCCCUGUUCCCAUUCAGAUAUUGUUGGAUUGCAAUGCUUAUCAACACCCCUGAACAUUGGCCAUGCUGACUGCUGGCAGUGUUAGAAGCUCAGGUAUAUAAUUUAAUCUUCAAAUGGCAUCUUAAUUUAAUAAUAAUAAUAAUAAUAAUAAUAAUAAUAAUAAUAAUAAUAAUAAUAUCUUUAUUGUCAUUGCCCCCUUCGGGGACAACGAAAUUACUUGACUGCUCCAUAAAAACACUAAUUAAACAAUACAGUAUAAUACAGCAAGGGAGAUUAGAUGACUUUCAAAGUCCGGGCUUCCCAUUCAGGGCCGAGAUCGCUCUGGAGAAGAAGCUGUUCUUAAGACGGCUCAUUCUUGUCUUCAUCGUCCUGUAUCUCCGUCCCGACGGCAAGAGCUCGAAGAGACAGUGACCAGGAUGCGAUGGAUCUUUUACUAUGUCCAGUGCCUUCCUAUGGCACCUUGUGGCAUAAAUCUGCUCUAAGGUGGAGAGUGGGCAGCCAACAAUGCUCUCUGCUGCCUUAACAACCCUGCACAACCCCAUCCUGUCCUGGGUAGUACAGCUUCCGUACCACACACAUAAGCCAUAAGUGAGCACGCUCUCAAUGGCACAGUGAUAGAAGGCAAGCAGCAGUUUCUGCGGAAGAUGGUUUUUCCUUAGUAUUCUCAAAAGUACAGUCUCUGCUGCGCCUUCUUCACAAGCCCCCUUGUGUUGACACUCCAGGACAGAUCCUCUUGUAAUUCAAUGCCCAAAAAUCUGAACGUUGUUACCCUCUCCAUACAGACCCCAUCAAUCAAAAGUAGCUGGACGUUGCUCUUCUGUCUCCUGAAGUCCACCACAAGCUCCUUUGUCUUCCUUGUAUUUAUGAGCAAGUUGUUAGCUCUGCACCACUCUGUCAGCCGCUCCACCUCAUCUCUAUAAUCCGUUUCACCCUCCCUUUCAGGGAUGAGCCCAAUCCCUAGACUUGUUUUAUUUUUAAUUUUAUUGCUAUACUGUUUAUAUUUUAAAGAACAAAUCUCAAAACCGUUUACAGCACAUUAAAAUGUCAAACAAUCCAGAAUGAAACAAAUUCAAGCUUCAAGAAAUAUUUCAGAUCCUUCUCCAAGGGAUCUUUUGUUUCCCCCAUCACCAACCUUGUAUCCAGGGAUCUCUAUGUCCGUUGCAAAAUGCGCCUGGCGCCGGCUAAUUUCUAACACUGGCUUCUGGGGCUGCUGGAAGUUGGAGCCUAGCAGCAUCUGAAUGGCCACUAAUGUCCCUCAAUUCUAGCCUACUCUGCCAGAUUGUUUUGACUCCAGAAAGGAAGAACGAUGCAGAAACCAAAACCAGCAAAUACUUACCUUUCUGGAAGCCGAUGGGUAGGUCCCAUCAAAUUAAGAUUUUCUAUUAAACUUCAUGAUGCAAGGGAACAAUUUUGAGGAUUAAUGGCUAGAGCAAGGCUGAGUUCUUAAUGUGUGGUUUUGGCUUCCCUGGGGCUCUUCGUUUCCGGAUCCCGGCUUGGUCGGUAUUGUAUAAAAGAGUCUGUGCUUCUUUGUUCCCUCAUUUCCUCCUGGCCUCUCUGUCCAUUUGGUCCUUUGAGAUUUGGGGGUAAGCAUUUAACCUAUCUAUGCAUUUAUCUUCUCCUCCAUGAAUUUAUCUAAUCUUCUCUUAAAGCAAUGCAGGUGGUGGCCCCUCACUGCCUGCUGUGGCAGUGAGUUCCACAGUUUAACCAUGCUUGUGUGGAUGUGACACAAACUUUCUUCUUCUUCUUCUUCUUCUUCUUCCAGCAAAUUCCUAUAAUGUGUCUUUCCCCCCUUCCCUGUCCUGCAGGUAAAGACAAUUUCCUUUUCGGACAAGAUGUCUCAUCAGUGCAAGCAGCCAUGCGCACCGCCCCCGUGUUGCGUGAAAGGGACCACCGUCAAGUGCGGAACCGCGUCAUGUGGCACAACCAAGUGCGCCACCGACGUGUGCACAGCGCCUUGCCAAACCGCCUGCAGCGACGGCGUCAAGGCACCUGCUACCAAGUGCGCUGACCCAUGCACCAAGUGCGCUGACCCAUGCACCAAGUGCGUGGACCCAUGCACCAAGUGCGCCUCACCCUGCCAAAGCGUCUGCGGUGGCGUCAAAGCUGCGGCACCCUGCCAGGGCACCGUCUGUGUCACCCCUUGCCAAGGUCAGACCUGCGCCUCUGUCUGUGCCACCCCUUGCCAGGCUCAGACCUGCGUGCCUGUCUGCGCAUCACCGUGCCAGGCUCAGACCUGCAUCCCUGUCUGCAUUCAGCGCUGCCCCUGCGGAUGUGGCAAGCUCGUUUUGGUGCCCCAGACCUGUUGCGCAAGUCCCUGCAGCACGGUCUGUGCGGUGCCAGUCCAGGUCCAACCCUGCUGCUCUUCGACCUGCUGCAAGCCGACGUGCUGUUAAUGCGCUGCGCAUGA